AUGCAUCGUGCUGAUUCUGCAUUUUCUGUGUUAGCCAUUCACUUGAAGAAUGACAUUCCAUUUGAUGUUGUAACUUUUACGACCCUAAUUAGGGGAUUAUUUGCUGAAAAUAAGGUCAAAGAUGCGGUUGAAUUGUUCAAGAAGUUGGGGAACGCUAAGCCCAACGUAUAUACCUACAGCAUUGUUAUAGAUGCCCUUUGUAAAGAUGGAAACUUAGAUAUUGCUAUCAACCUUUUGAACGUGAUGAAGAUGAAAGGCAUUCCUCCAGACAUAGUCACAUAUGGUUCAUUGAUUGAUGGUUGGUGUAAGCUUAGUCAGUGGGAGAAGUUUAGGUCUUUGUUCUCUGAGAUGGUGAACCUUAAUAUUUAUCCAGAUGUGCGCACCUUCACCAUGGUGAUAGAUGGACUAUGCAAAGAAGGAAAAGUCGAAGAUGCCGAGGAAUUAAUGAAACACAUGGUCGAAAAAGGUGCAGAGCCUAAUAUAUUCACCUACAAUGCAAUAAUGGAUGGAUAUUGUUUGUGUGGACAACUGAAUAGAGCGAAGAGGGUUUUUGAUUCCAUGAAAGACCAGAACAUUGAACGUGACAUUAUUAGCUAUAACAUAUUAAUAAAUGGAUACCGUAGGGAAAAGAAACUGGAUGAGGCCAUGCAAUUGCUUGGUGAAAUUUCUCAAAAGGGAACAAAACCUGAUAUCUUUACGUACAAUACUAUCUUGCAAGGUUUAUUUGAAGUUGGAAGAAUUGGCGAUGCAAAAAAGAUUUAUGCCGAGAUGCUAUCUGCGGAGUUCGUACCUGAUUUAUAUACUUAUGGCACUUUGGUCAAUGGUUAUUUUAAGUAUGGACUUGUUGAAGAAGCUGUAUCACUCUUUAAUAAGUUGGGAAAAAAGAUAGAAAAUGCAAAUAUUGAAUUUUAUAAUGUUGUCAUUAAUGGAUUGUGCAAAAAUGGUAAACUUAACGAAGCUCAUGCUAUUUUCGAGAAGCCUCCUUUAAUGGGAUUGCUUCCGGAUGUGACAAUAUACAAUGCAAUGAUGAAUGGAUUUUGUCUUGAAGGGUUGUUUGAUGAAGCUAAAGAUAUUCUAAGUAAAAUGGAGGACAACAACGGUUUUCCAAACAAUGUCACUUACAAUGUUAUUGUGCAAGGAUUUCUCAGGUGCAGCAAAAUUAGUGAAAUGACAACUUUCAUGCGGGAAAUGACUGGAAGGGGCUUCUCAUUUGAUGCAACUACAGCUGAUAUACUGAAGCUGAUGGCAAUUCAAACAUUGCUUGAGCUUUCUAGGCAGCCUGUUGAGGAGGUAUUUCCAUUCUUGUGGAUACUAAUACACUUCUAUUGCUGCAAAGCUGAAAAUCCUGGGAAAUGGCUCCUCAAAUCGGGUGUUCCCUAUCCACCUAUCUUGCCAGAAGAGGGUUUUUCUACCAUCUCUAAUUUUAGUGUGAAUGUGCUCUGA